GUUGCCUUCUUGCUGUAGUACUACUUUCAUGCUGUGCUUUUGCUUGUUGCAUAAGUCUCAUCUCAGUGCAGCCAGGGGAUUUGCCAUAUCUCAUCUGGUGCCUCCUUAUUUACCUGCUGUACUGCAUGAUUCAAUUCAGUGAAAUAAUUUUGAACUGUGGUUGUGGAAGGCCCUGGCUCUUUGGAGCAGAUUCCUCUUGUGAAUGGCCCUGGUUGGAUUUGGAAGAGGCUGGUGGGGGGCUGUGUUGUGGGGUCCAGGAGCACCAGGCAGGGAAAACACUGUGGCUGGCCCUUGCUGCUUUGCUGGCCCAGUGAGAAAUGAGUUUUAGUGGCAGCUGAAAUUGUUUCUGUGCCUGUCCUGCAGCUGUGUGGAAAUGAAACCCCAAAGCCUGAGCUUCACCAUCAGUGGGAAGGGGCAGGAGCCGCAGCUGGCAGUCGUGUGCCCAAGUGCUCGCAGCAAGAGGGGAAAUGCCGUGCUGCGCUUCAAGAGGCUCCGGCUGGGGGAUUCAGAGAUGCUGCCCCUGGUCAUCCGUAACAACGGCAUCUUACCUGUCAAGUUUACGUUACACCUGGAGCGUGAGCACGGAGGGUUCUUCUUGAAAGGCAGGGCCUCCUCACUCGAGGUGUUCCACACUGGAGAUGUGGAAGAGAACUCCACUGGAAAAGAGAGCAAGCCCACAAAGCCUUUCUUCCUCCUGCGUCACCGGCAAUCAGCAGUGUUUGAUGUCAUUUUCAAACCCACUCUGGCUCAACGUGUGGAAGGGAAGAUUCGUAUGUUAGCGGGGGACACCUACUGCAGCAAGACCCUAAUAGAGCUGGUGGGUGAAGGCCACAUGGAUGAAUUCACCCUCGAUGGACUGGAGGAGGACACAGAGGACAGGAAUGCUGGCUGCAAUCUGAUGAAAAACAUCGAUGGUAAGAGAGGAGAGGCUGCCAAGGUGGAGCAAGGAAGAGGAAACUGUCUGAUCAUAUGUGUCCUCCCUCUAGCCAGGCCUGGGCUGUCACCCACAGGACCUGGUGGCCUGUGGGCGUGGUAGCCAUGCAUGC